CAGCAAGUAAGUUGAGCUGUCUCUCAUUCAGCUUCACCAUUUAAAGCACUUGGACUUGAGCAUGAACAACUUCAGCAACUCCCCCAUCCCAGACUUUAUUGGCUCUCUUGCCAACCUUGAGUACCUUAACCUCUCUAAUGCCGGAUUCAAAGGAAUCAUUCCUCAUACCCUUGGAAACCUAUCACGCUUGCGUUACCUUGAUCUUAACUCAUAUUAUUAUUGUUAUUACUACUUUCUAGAAGCAAAUGAUCUCCACUGGCUGUCUGGGAUGAGUUCUUUGCAGCAUCUUGAUAUGAGUGGUGUGGGCCUCUCAAAGGUGUCUGGUUGGCUUUAUGACAUUAAUAUGCUCUCUUCUCUUCUUGUCUUGAAACUCUCUCAUUCUGAACUCCAAGCAGGUGGUAUUCAUGAUAUUACUCCACUUCAUCAUCUCAACUUCACAUCUCUUCGUGUGCUUGAUCUCUCUUGGAAUAUUGGCCUGAGCAUCACUCUGCCUCUAUGGUUGUUCCAUCUCACUAGCCUUGUUAAUCUUGAUCUUUCUGAUUGUGCUUUCUAUGGCAGGUUACCAGUCACCAUUAGUAACUUGAGUAGCUUGGGAGUCUUGAGCUUGGCUCAUAGCUCUUUUCAUGGAGUGAUUCCGGAGUCCUUGGGAAAUCUUGGUAGCUUGGAGAGACUUGAUUUAUCAGAAAAUGAACUCAAUGGAAGCAUUCCAGAGUCCUUGGGAAAUCUUGGUAGCUUGGAGAGACUUGUUUUGUCAGAAAAUGAACUCAAUGGAAGCAUUCCAGAGUCUCUGAGCAAUCUUACAAAUUUAAUGUAUUUUGAUUUGUCUUAUAAUAAUAUUGGGGAGGAGUUGCCAAAGAGCAUAGGGAGACUACAGAAGUUGCAGAAGAUUUACUUGUCUGGUAACAAAGUUCAGGGAUGGAUGCCUGCAAGCAUUGGUGUUCUAAGAAACCUGCAAUAUUUGGAUUUGUCAAGGAAUAUGCUCACUGGAACGAUUCCUGAAUCCUUUGGCAAUCUCACACUUUUGCAACAUUUUGAUGGGUCUGGAGGUAACAGACUCAGCGGCAAGUUGCCUGAGACUAUAGGGAAUCUUGUUAACCUUCAAUUUCUAGAUUUGUCCCUAAAUGCGAUAAGUGGAAAGCUACCAGAGAGUCUGGGAAACCUUAGCCAAUUGCAGCAGUUGAGAAUGCCAGGCAAUGGCAUCACGUGUGGAUUACCAAAAUCUGCAGGAAAGCUCUCUAGCCUGUUAGAGCUUGAUUUAUCCGAGAACAACAUCAAUGGCACAUUGCCAGAAGGCAUGGGGAAUUUAUGCAAGUUACAGACCUUAGAUUUUACUAGCAAUUUUAUCAGUGGUGGCAUUGAUGAUCUUGUUGAUGGAUUGUCUAACUGCAAGGAGAAAAAAGAUGAUUAUGCUUCCGAAAGUAGUUCGGUUAUAGAAAUAUUGCAUCUGGGAAAUAACAAGCUGAAUGGAACAGUUCCAAAGAACAUUGGAAAAUUAUCCAACAUGAGUUUAUUGAGUCUUUCUUCAAAUUCUUUGAUGGGUGUCUUAACUGAAUCUCAUUUUGCUAAUCUAGCAAACUUGGUGGACUUGGACUUCUCCUACAAUUCCUUGCAAUUGAAUGUUAAUGACAAUUGGAGGCCUCCUUUUAAUUGCAAGAAGAUCAGAAUGUGUUCUUGCAGAGUAGGCCCUAUUUUUCCCACUUGGGUUAAAACUCAGACACGAUUGUUUAUCCUUUGCUUAUCAGAUGCUGGAAUUUCAGGCAACAUCCCAGGAUGGUUUUGGGACCUAAGUUCUAAUCCUCAGUAUUCACUCAAUUUAUCAAAUAACAAUUUGGAGGGGAGGCUACCAACUUCUAUGCAAAAUUACAGUUUCUAUCUGCUUGAUUUGAGUUCAAACAGAUUUGAAGGCCCAUUACCUGUGCUUGAUAUCAGUGUAUUGUUUGUUAUUGAUCUCACCAACAACUCAUUCUCUGGGUCUAUUCCUUCUUGCUUUGCUAAUGCUAUGUAUAUUCAGGUAUUCUCUUUAUCAAACAAUCAUAUAAAUGACACUAUUCCGUCAUUCUUCUGUAACAUCACUAGCUUGGAAUUGUUUGAUGUAUCUAAUAAUGAUAUGUCUGGAGAACUUCCCAACUGUUGGAGUUCAACAUCAGCGCUGGAAAUUAUUGAUUUAUCUAACAAUAAUUUCAUUGGUAAAAUUCCUGAUGGCCUUGUGUCCUUUACCAAUCUCCGAUCCUUGCAUUUGAGAAACAAUUGUUUCUCUGGAGAUCUCCCCUUGUCCUUGAAAAUGGCCAACAAAUUGGUCACACUUGACAUUGGUGAGAACAAACUUUCGGGUAGCAUACCACCAUGGAUCGGAGAAAACCUUUCAUCUUUAAUAGUGCUUCGCUUGAGAUCAAAUUUAUUCCAAGGCAUCAUUCCGGAGCAAUUAUCAAAACUCUCCUCUCUUCAAAUACUGGACCUUGCAUAUAACAACCUAUCAGGUUGCAUUCCUCCUUCUUUUGGAUAUUUCAAAGCCAUGGUAGUCACGAAUCAUAAUGAAUCAUGGUCUUUAUUUUCGAUUAUCACUGAGAUCCUUUUUUCUAAUGAUGAAUGGUAUAGUUCUCCAGAUAGUUUUGGGCACUCGGAAAUUCUCUUGAUAAGCACAAAGGGCCUCCAAAUGGAAUACUCCAAGGUUCUAUCACAAGUCACAAGCAUCGACUUAUCAAAUAAUAAACUUUCCUGUGAGUUGCCUGAAGAACUUACCAAACUGCAUGGGCUGCAUUUCUUGAAUCUUUCUUACAACCUUUUCAAUGGAAAGAUACCAGAAAGCAUUAGUGACAUGAAACAGCUGGAAUCACUUGAUCUGUCAGAGAACAAAUUAUUUGGUAUCAUUCCUUCAAGCAUGUCUACUUUGAACUUCUUGAGUUAUUUGAACCUAUCGCACAACAAUUUGUCAGGAGAAAUUCCUUCAGGUGGCCAACUUCAGACUUUCGAUCCAUCAGCCUAUAAUUGGAAUCAUAAUCUUUGUGGAUCACCUCUUCAAAAUUGUGCUAAUGGGACACAUUAUUCCCAAGCUGCAAACAAGGUAGAAGGAAAAGGAGAUUGGUCAGAGAUGUUAUGGCUUUACAUAGGUUUUGCAAUUGGAUUCAUAAUUGGCUUUUGGGUGAUCAUUGGUACCAUUAUUAUCAAGAAAACCAUAAGAAUUGCUUAUUUCCGAUCCAUUGACAAAGUAUAUGAUUGGCUACAUGUGAAGAUGUUUAUGUACUCUCGAAGACUGAAAUCAACUUUCUCAUGGAGGAACUAAGGUUGAAAGUAACAAGUCCAGUGGCCGAACUAGUUUGUAUCAAUAAAGCCAUGUUAGUCUAUUAUGUUGUUUUUGUUAUGAGUUUUUGUUCAUUUCAAAUUUAAAUCUUGAAACUUUAAUUUAAGGUAUUAUUGGAUUUGAAACUGUAAGGUGCAGAACAUUAUUUUGUGUUGUUAUUUGAGGGUAUAACAUUUUGUUAUGUUUUAUGAGGGUAUUAAAGUUGUUUAUUAACAUUCGAGCGUUGGCUUCUGUGAUUGAUAUUAUACUGUGAGUGCUUGUGUGUGUUUUGAGAGCUUGUAAUGUUAAGGGUUCACAAUCUGUGGGCAUGUCAUCAUUUGUCACAUAUCACCUUGUUGUGGGUGUUCAUAAUUAAUGUACUUGCAAGUACAUCAUUUUUAAUUUUUAGAAGCACAUAGCUAGUGGGGUUUUUAAAAAACCGCCUCCAAAACCAUGUAAUUUCUUUUUAAUACCAAGCUAUGCAGGCGGUUUAACAAAACCCCUCUACUAAUCACACAAUUAUUCCAUAAUACCCUCUCAACAAACCCUCACUCUCCCCUUCCUCGUUCCCUUUCACGCUUCCCCGUCAUUCAGUGCCUCCCCUUAAAUCCCCCCUC